CUUGAGGUGGCAGGCUCGCUCGAGCUCGGCUCAUUGACAGCCGAGCCCUCCCCUUCAGGGCUCAGCGCCUCAGGCUGUUCUCUGUUUCUUCCCCUUGUUUACCUUCUCUCUGACUCCCUCCUCCCUUGGUCUUCAUUCCCUGGCGGCGACGAGUGGGCGAGCGGCGGCGCCAUCCCGUCUUCGCCCAGAGCCCUUUGCUGGCUACGAGCAUCCACCAGAAAGUACCACUGUCCCCAGAGAAGCUGUGUAGAAGAUGGGUAUCCUUGAGAGGAUCAAGGAGAUUGAGGCCGAGAUGGCUCGGACGCAGAAAAAUAAAGCAACAGAAUAUCAUCUUGGACAACUGAAGGCAAAGUUAGCAAAGCUGAGGACACAACUAUUGGAGCCUCCGAAGGGUUCCAGUGGAGGAGGAGAUGGUUUUGAAGUCACAAAGUUUGGGCAUGGUCGUGUUGCACUGAUUGGAUUUCCCAGUGUUGGAAAGUCAACUCUUUUAACUAUGUUGACUGGGACACACUCUGAAGCUGCAUCAUAUGAGUUCACAACCCUGACUUGCAUUCCUGGAAUUAUUCACUACAAUGAUACCAAAAUCCAGCUUCUUGAUCUUCCUGGUAUUAUUGAAGGAGCCUCUGAAGGCAAGGGGCGUGGCAGGCAGGUUAUUGCUGUUGCGAAGUCAUCAGACCUUGUACUGAUGGUUCUGGAUGCCUCAAAGAGUGAAGGACAUCGCCAAAUAUUAACCAGAGAACUGGAAGCUGUUGGACUCCGUCUCAACAAAAGGCCUCCUCAGAUAUACUUCAAAAGGAAGAAGACUGGUGGGAUUUCUUUCAACACCACAGUGCCUUUGACGCAUAUUGAUGAGAAGCUCUGCUAUCAGAUUCUGCAUGAGUACAAAAUUCACAACGCUGAGGUGUUAUUCCGUGAAGAUGCUACUGUGGAUGAUCUCAUCGACGUCAUUGAAGGAAAUCGAAAGUACAUUAAGUGUGUUUACGUAUAUAACAAGAUUGAUGUUGUUGGUAUUGAUGACGUAGAUAGGCUUGCUCGGCAACCAAAUUCGCUAGUAAUCAGCUGCAAUUUGAAGCUGAACUUGGACAGGCUACUGGCAAGAAUGUGGGAAGAGAUGGGUCUAGUGAGGGUGUACACCAAGCCGCAGGGUCAGCAGCCUGAUUUCUCGGAUCCAGUUGUUCUUUCUACUGAUAGAGGUGGUUGUACAGUUGAAGACUUCUGCAAUCAUAUCCACAGAAGCUUGCUCAAGGAUGUGAAAUAUGUGCUUGUAUGGGGAACCAGUGCGAGGCACUAUCCACAGCAUUGUGGGCUCAGCCAUGGCCUUCAAGACGAGGAUGUCGUCCAAAUAGUAAAGAAGAAGGAAAAGGAGGAGGGCGGACGAGGCCGGUUCAAAUCCCACACGAAUGCUCCCGAUCGGAUAUCCGACAGGCUGAGCCGGGUGCUACUUUUUGCAGCCUUGUUUUGGGGCACGGCAGGGCGGAAGUCUCCGGCCACCGUGCUCCUCCUCUACGUAGCGUGCGCCUUCAUCCUUCUGCUUCUCCUCGCCUUCUACUCCCCCCGCCUCCAGCCCCACACCCACGGCCGCAGCCUCCACCGCCGCCUCAAGCUCCAUCCCAAGAGCUUCCCGUCCUCCGGCGCUGCCUCCGUUGGGAGAGAGGGGCAACACCACCAGCAGCCCCACCAUCACGCGGCUUCCUUCGACCCGGCCAUUGCCGAGCUGGAGCGCCGGCUGGACGACAAGGAGUGGGAGCGCGAGCACUACCGCCUCCUCCACGGCGACGAAGACGGCGGCGAGCCGGACGACCACAUGAAGGAAUGGGAGGAAUUCCUCAAGGAGGAGGAGGAUUUCAUCAACGACGACGACCGCUUCAACCUCGCUGACCGCAUCAGCGCGCUCUUCCCCAAGAUCGACGUCGCCCCGACGGACGGCUUCGUAUCCCUCGACGAGCUCACCACCUGGAACCUCGAGCAGGCCAGGGCCAACCAGCACCACCGUUCCUCCAGGGAGAUGGAGCUCUACGACAAGAGCGGCAGCGGGAUCGUCUCCUUCGGGACCUUCAACGCGCUGCGCCAAGAGUCCCAUGGAGAGGGUAAUAUGCUGGGGUUCCCGUGGUGGAAGGAGGAGCACUUCAAUGCUUCAGAUGCAAACGGUGAUGGUUUCCUUGAUAAAUCUGAGUUUAAUGAUUUCCUAAAUCCAAGUGAUUCGGAUAAUCCCAAAAUCAUCAAUUUGCUCAGCAGACAAGAAUUAAGGCAGAGGGACAAAGAUGGUGAUGGAAAACUAAACUUUGAUGAAUACUUUAGUGGGCUACAUGACCAUAUACAUGGUUAUGAUGAUGAGAGUGCAGAUAUUUCCCACAUUGGGAACAUGACAGUUGCAAAGGAUCGGUUCUCCAAACUUGAUAAAGAUAAUGAUGGGUUUGUUUCAGAGCAUGAACUAGAACCUGUUCUUGAUAAGCUCUAUCUUUCUGAACGCUAUUAUGCUAGACAGCAAGCCAUCCAUGCUAUGUCCGAGGCAGACAACGAUCAUGACGGAAGGCUAACUUUGGGCGAGAUGAUUGAGAACCCCUAUGCAUUUUAUGGCAGUGUGUACCUCAGCGAUGAAGACUAUUUCCAUGACGAAUUCCGCUGAGGCAUCUGCAGAUUGUCGGUGCCCUGACCACGCAAGCGACAUGCAACAGAUCAGCAUGACGGUGCCCACGGUUGGUUCAAAAUGUCUAGCCUACUAUCCGCACCCCGGAAUGCGCAGCUGACAGAAUGGAGAGCUCAGAGUUACUGCUAUAUGUAAUUAACACACCUAGCGUUAGUCAUCACUUGGUUCUUUCUUGCAAGUUGUUUGUGUUAAAUGAAAAGGAUGACAUCAUCCUAUUGGCAGUACCAUCCCGGGGAUGGAUGUUACAUCACAAGUUGCUCAUUGCCUUCCAUUAUCUAGGCUGAGCUGGCACUGUCUCCAUCCUGUAAAAUGCAUGUAGUCCAGGUGAACAAUGAGUUGGACGUCAUCUCGGUGACGAACGGAUUCAAAUCAAAGUCUAACACGGAUCAUGUUGUUUGGUGUC